AAGAAGGGAUAUCCUGCAGCAGCAGCAGCAGCAGCAGCAGAAAGCCAGCAAGCCCAUGGAAUGAAGACAUACCAACACUACAAGCAACCUUAA